AUGUCUCAACAAAUGCAAUACUACUCUCCACAGCAGCAACUGCAGCAGCCGCAGAUGAACCCGGAGCCCGAUUUGCUGCGCAACCUCAUGGUGAACUACAUUCCCACGACGGUGGACGAGGUACAGCUGCGGCAGCUGUUCGAACGCUAUGGGCCCAUUGAGUCGGUCAAGAUUGUCUGCGACCGUGAGACGCGGCAGAGCCGUGGCUACGGAUUUGUGAAGUUUCAGAGUGCUUCGAGUGCCCAACAGGCGAUCGCCGGGUUGAACGGCUUCAGCAUUCUCAACAAGCGGUUGAAGGUAGCUUUGGCGGCGAGUGGCCACCAACGGAACCGUAACGGCGUGAGCGCUGGGUUUGGAGCCUACGGUGGGUACGGCGCUUACGGCGGCUAUGGGGCUUAUCCUUCCGCCGCAAACCCCUACGCGCAGCAGCAGAUGAUGACUAUGCAAAACCCUUAUGUGAUGACACAGUCUGUGCCGUCUAUGCCACAGCAGUAG